AUGACUUUCAUCCUGUUCUCUAUCACACAAGCUCUUAGCUUGGAACCUCUGCUGAACUGUUCUGAACCCACCAAUCUAGCCCUGCUGAAAGCACUGUCACCAGUCUUUAAUUUGCGCUUCAUACGGCCUGUGAUCAACAUCCAGAAUUACACAGAAGUCUAUGUAUCCUUUACCAUAUUGAUACACUUCAUCUGCAAUUACUUUUUUUUUCAGGAUGAAAAAGCUCAACUCUUGACAACUUAUAUUUGGCAACACAUUGUAUGGAAGAAUGAGUUCAUCAGCUGGGAUCCAGAGCAGUGCGGCACAGAAGAGAUAACGUUACCUAGAACCCAGUUUUGGACACCAGAUAUUGUCAUCAAUGAAUUCGUUUCUCAAAACACAGCCCCAUUUGUGCCUUAUGUACAUGUCAAUUCUGAUGGCAAGAUCUAUGACUACAGCCCUGUCAGAGUGGUUAGCUCCUGCAGACUGAACAUCUACACCUUCCCCUUCGACGUCCAGAACUGCACUUUCACCUUCAACUCCUACACCCACACAAACAAGGAAAUUGUGGUUAACCUCAACAGGCCGAUAACACAGAUUUUGAAGAAUACAUUGGCUGUGAUGAGCACUGUAGGGGAGUGGCAGCUAAUAGAUAUCACUGCUCAUAAAGAAUCGCAUGCUGGAUUUAUGGUGGACGAGCUCAUAUUUCACAUUGGUCUGAGGCGUAAGUCCACUCUCUAUGUGGUCAACCUGAUCAUCCCAAGCUGCUCCCUGAUCACAGUGGACCUCUUCAGCUUCCUGUUACCCCCACAGAGUGUGGACCGCUCGGCCUUUAAGAUGACCCUCAUCUUAGGCUACACCGUAUUCCUGUUGCUAAUGAAUGACUUGCUGCCGGUCACUGGCGACACCAUACCACUCAUAAAUGUUUUCUUCGCCCUCUGCCUGGCUCUGAUGGUUGCCAGCCUGUUGGAGACAAUCCUCAUCACCAACCUCCACUCAAGCUCCAGUCGCUUUGCUCCUGUCCCCCGCUGGGUGAGAGUAGUGGUCCUUCAAAAACUGGGAUGUUGUGUUGGUCUGCCUCCAAAGCCAACAAAGGAACAUUCAACAGAUAUGUAUCCAAAUGCUGUAAGGGAGGAGCUCAAAGCUGGUAAGACUCCUCCAAUGCCCCUGGAACUGGAAGACACAACCCCAGGCGAGUUGAGGAAGUUGGGGAGAGACCUCCGGGCGAUCCGGCUACAGGUGGAACAGCAGCUGAGUGGGGACCAGAAGUCUGAAGAGUGGAUCCAGGUGGCUUCCAUCAUUGAUCGCUUUCUGUUUGGGCUCUACACGCUCUUCAUAUCAGUCAGUUCUAUAACUAUGAUCUGGAUCUGGGUUGAAUCAGACAGACGAUAGAAAAGUUUUUCAGAAGGUUUUCACUUAGGUAAUAUAGUGAACAUCAU